AUGUCUCCUAAUGGGCUUACAUUUCUACAAGGGUCGUACAAUUUCUACUUUUGCCUUACGGUCGUCUCCCUCGGGACGCCGAUUCAAAGAGUCAAACUGUUGAUUGAAUCCGCGCUAUAUCCUACGAAAGACACUGGUUCCUUUCAGGGGUGGAGCAUAGGAAAGCUUUGCUUUGAGUACGACACGGAGCCCUACUAUCAAGCUUUGGAUGUAAAAGUCAAGAACCACGCUUCUGUAGCUGGUGUAGAGAUUUUCUCUCCUGUGAGUCACACCCUCUACAAUCCUGCUGAUAUAAUAAAUAAGAAUGGGGGAUCCCCACCUCUGACUUAUCAGUCUUUCCUUAAACUGGCUGGGCAACCAUCUUGGGCAUCAACCCCUCUUUCAACAACAAUAUCUUCUCUUCCUCCUAUUGGAAAUACUGGAAAUUUUGCGGUGUCAGGAGUUCCAACUGUCAAAGAACUUGGUUAUGAAGAUUUAAACGAGGACGAACGGACUCCUUUUAAAGGUGGAGAAUCAGAAGCACUGAAGAGAUUGAGAGAAUCAAUUGCAAACAAGGAAUGGGUGGCAAAUUUUGAGAAACCCAAGGGUGAUCCAUCUGCAUUUAUGAAACCAGCUACAACAGUUUUAUCACCUUACUUAAAGUUUGGUUGUCUCUCUUCCAGAUAUUUCUACCAGUGCAUUCAGGACAUUCAGAAAAGUGUUAAAAAGCAUACAUCUCCGCCUGUUUCUCUUCUUGGACAGUUGUUAUGGCGUGACUUUUUCUACACAGUUUCCUUCGGGACUCCUAAUUUUGAUCAGAUGAAGGGUAACAGAAUAUGCAAGCAGAUCCCUUGGAAGAAUGAUGACGAACUGCUUGCUGCUUGGAGAGAUUCCAGAACGGGCUUUCCUUGGAUUGAUGCCAUAAUGGCCCAGCUCCGGAAAUGUGGUUGGAUGCACCAUCUUGCUCGACACAGUGUUGCUUGCUUUUUAACUCGUGGGGAUCUGUUUGUGCAUUGGGAGAAAGGGCGUGAUGUUUUCGAUAGACUGCUUAUUGACUCUGAUUGGGCAAUCAACAACGGAAACUGGUUAUGGCUAUCAUGCUCUUCAUUUUUCUACCAGUACCAUCGAAUUUAUUCACCAACCUCAUUUGGGAAGAAAUAUGAUCCUGCCGGGAACUAUAUCAGGCAUUUUCUCCCUGUUUUAAAGGAUAUGCCAAAGGAGUACAUAUAUGAGCCUUGGACUGCUCCCUUAAGCGUCCAGCGUAAAGCAAGAUGCAUCAUUGGCUUAGAUUAUCCAAACCCCGUUGUUUCCCAUGAUUCUGCAAGCAAAGAAUGUCGGAUGAGACUUGGUGAAGCGUAUGAAUUGAACAAAAAGCUGAAUGGCCGGGUCAGUGAGGAAGACUUGAACAAGUUAAGAAGAAAAAACGACAAUGAAUCUGCAAUUGUGGAUUCCAUUUCCAGGAAGAAGAAACAGAAGUUAAUUUGCUAAGAUUGCAUCAUCAAAGCCAUAGUCAGGUUUCUACGAGAUUUGCAGCAAGGUGCACCAGCAAUUAUAGGAACUACAAAGGAAACAUUCUCCUUCAAUUACACUCCAUAAAAAUGAUUCCAAGUGUGUUCAAAUGUAGGAAUCCUUUGUAUCUUGUAUAUGCCAGGAGAUUAUAGUUAACAUUAUUGAGAAAGGGGCAUACCUCUGGUAUAUGCGAUAUUUAGAGUACAAAA